AUGUCAUACCGGUCUAACUCUUAUCCCAGCAUAGUGGGGCCGGCUCCCAAAUCUUCGGCCUCGCCCUUAGCUUCUUUGACUGGUAACAUAAAUGCCCCUUCGGCAGCCCCGACAUCCAUUCCUUCUAUAGCAACACGGGUGACCCGUGUGGCCUCGUUGGGCCCCUCUGAAGUCCACCCCCAUCAUCAAAUACUUCCACCAGUAUAUUCGCUGAAUUCCCCUGUCAAUGGAGGCAUCCCCUCUGUUUCAGUCACAGGAGUCUCAACACCAGCUCCUCCCCAUCCUCCUACUACCACGACUAUCAACCCACCCGUCUCGUCUGCCAACACUCCAGCUGCAUCGGCCCCAAAGGGGACCCAAACGGUGUUUAUCCAUAAACUUUAUGAUAUGCUUAAUGACCCUACGAUAGAACAUCUCAUUUGGUGGCUUCCUCCUAAGAACGACUCGUUUUGUCUUCUGCCCGGUGAAGAGUUUUCCAAGGCUCUCGCCCAGUACUUCAAGCACACAAACAUUGCCUCAUUCAUUCGUCAGUUGAACAUGUAUGGCUUCCAUAAGGUGAAUGAUUCAUUCCAAGAAGACAACUCUCUGACACCUGCCGAUCAAUCCCCAGGUGGGCAACCUUCGGCCUCUGUUUCUGCCUCGGCUUCAUCUACAGCCCCUCCACUGGCACCACAGUCCCGCUCCCAGCUGGGCUCUGGUCCAUCCCGGUGGGAGUUCAGACACUCUACGAACCAGUUCCGUAAAGGGGACGUCGAGUCACUUAAACUUAUCAAACGUCGGUCUUCGAAGAAUGUAAAUUCCCACAAGGAGAUUGUUAACUUGAAAUCUAUUCCAACCUCAAACCCAGGUGAUGAAUAUUUGGACUAUAUAGAUCGUCAUCAACCCCAGACACCACAGCACUCACAUCAACAGCACCAACAGUCACAUCAGCCGGCCCUGGGACUGCUGGGCCAUGUACAGUAUUUCACGGGUGUUCCUCAGGGGAUGCCUCACAUGCCUCCUCAGGGGAUGCCGCAAGGUAUGUCGCAGGGGAUUGGUCCUCCACCUCCACCACCUCCUCCUGCUCCUCCUGCUCCACAGCCACAGGGGCUUGGACUUCAACAUCCGGGGGCUUCAGUGACCCCAGGUCCACCUCCUGGAUCGGCACAAAAUGCAGCUGCCCCACCAUCGGUGUUUUACCAGCUUCAGGAGAUUUCAAACACUCUUCAAACGCUUAGAAGUGACUUUGCCUCUCUCUCAGCGAAAUAUGAUUCUGUCAAUCAAGAGAUGCGUAAAUCAAAUCUUGAUAUGGUUCAUCUUAUUGAGUUUAUUGAAAAGAUGCCAAAGUCUACCCCUGUGCAAUCUACAUCGGUACCGGUCAUUGAUAGAUCGAAAAUGAAGACCCCUGUUGGACAUGCUGGCCACGCCUUAGAUUUGGAUUCUACCACCUCGCCAUUGUCAAAGGGUUCAGGUGUAGGACCUGCUGGCGCUGGUCCAGGCCCUGCUUCUGGGGUUUCAUUUGAAUAUGAACUCUCCAAACUCAAAUCUUCACUCCUUCAACGGUCAAGUAUCACUCUGCGGAACUCUUCAUCGGCCAAUGCCCAACAAAACAUAGUCCCACAACCAUAUCCAUUAAAUCCACACUACACCAUCCACCAUCCUCACUUGAAGAUGGACCCACAUGAACGUCAUUUAUCGGUUUUAAUGGACCCGUUACAAGUUCCUGUCCCAUCACGUCAUAACCUGCGGUCAAUCUUGUUACCUUUAGAACAACAACAGCAACAACAAGGACCACUGCUGACAUCAUUCCCACCACCUACUGGACUGCCAUGUGGAUCAGGCGGAGGAGGACCUCCAGGGCAAGCAGCUCCUGACUACACUACUCCUCCAGCUAUACGUUCUUACCAACAAUAUCCAUUCCCCAACACACAAGAAAAGGCUGAAAAGAAAACAUCCACUUCUGCUCCAGGUAGUUUUAGUGGACUGUCUUCAACCGGGGAAGUUCCUCCCAGAUCGGUACCGAAGCAAUCUGCCUCUUUUAACUUGGGUAGUCUGGCUAUCACAGAAUUCAGUUCCGAACGGUCAACCAACCAACUUCCCUCCGUUUCUGAGCUUGAUCAAUCACUCAAGGUUGGAAACUCGCCCGUUUACAGCCUUUUGAACUCUGACCGUCCAACCAUCAGAAAAGUUCGUUCUGACGACGAGGACAUGCGUUUUAAGCGCAGACGCGUCUGA